UGAUGAUAUUAGUGUGAAAUAAUUUUAGAGUUGAAGUCAAAGAGUUAAUCACUCAAGUAUGUCAAUAGCGCUUGGUUGUCAAAGCACCCGGAUAGGCGGAUGAAUACAAGAGGCGUACAUAGCUCGAGGGGGUGUGUUUUGUAAUUGAGCGGGCUGGCAAUAUCGCUAACGGACUUCAUUCCUUUUUGUGUUUUCUGACAGUUGCUGCGAAAUUUUUAUCUGCGAUUCAGUCCAGGAUGGCUGCUUAAAAAGGCAUCAGAAAUGGCGCCUGCAUCACAAACGUGCUGCACUAUGUAUCUUCAAAAUGGCAUCUUCCCUUUAACUUUGCAUUCAACCAGCCAAGAUGGCUUCUCAACAAUCGAGCAUUAUGGAUUUAAGUUUCGAAAGUUACGACGGUCAGAACCCCCUGGAGGGGUUCUUGUUGGACCAGUGCAGUAUGCACUGGGAACAUGACGUUGGCAGUGACGUCACAAAAAAGGCGGAAAAAUUAUCCGCCAAUGUAUAUACCGCUACCGCCCCCAGCGCUUUUUCAGAAGACUUCAUCACCACACAACCAGAUGUUCCCACUGGGAAUGCAAGUGGAUGGUCUUUGGUGGACCUUUCUUUAUUCGAAGAUCUGCCCCUUUCCGAGGACAGUGUCGAUCUUGAGGCACUACUAUGUGGUCAGCAGAACUCGCACGAAGACAUAGAAAGCUCUUUCAACAAAUUGAAACAGGAGUCUUAUUUUCCUCUUGAUACUGUCUGUUCUGCACUCCUGAAGGACGACCAGUUUCCAAGUUCCCCAGAUUCGGGGAUCGGUUCUCAAGGCUCUGUCCCCUCUCCUGGAAGUGUGUUGUCUGAGCAAGUGUCCCCCAGUCCUGAGCCAGUUUCUGAUCUCUUGUCUUUCCCAGAGGUUUCUCAAGAAGAUCUAUCAUUCAUUGAAUCGCUCUGGCAAACAGCCGAACAGCAAGCACUAAUCGCAGACUCCUCCGCAGCAUUAUCUCCAAUCCACCCUGAACCCACUUUGACAGAAGUUGUACUUGAACCAACUGCCCUAUUGAUACAACCAGUUGAAGCUCCAAUUUCUCCCAUCAAAAAGAGCACUGGAAAGGCAAAGCCCACAAAAUCAUUGUCCACCCAAGAAAAGAAGGAACGCAAGCGAGCCCAAAACAAGAAUGCCGCCACUCGGUACAGAGAAAAGAAACGGGCAGAAGCGGACGUAAUUUACCGUGACCAAACAGGGUUAGAGGAAAAGAACAAAUCCCUGAAUGACAAAGUAACCCUGAUUACCAGAGAAAUUGAAUACAUGAAGGAACUUUUGAUUGAAGUUUACAGAACCAAAGGACUAAUUGAAUAAAAAAAACUGUAUUUGGGGUGUAAAUAUGCUACAAGUUUUUUUUUAAUACUCUUUUCUUUAUUGUAUAAUAACUUAUUCCUAUUGAACUAGUUUUGUAAAUAAAAUUAUUUAAUCGCCGUUUUAGCGGCACCCAAA